AUGCUGGUGCACACUUACUCUGCCAUGGAGCGCCCCGACGGGCUGGGCGCAGCGGCUGGUGGGGCCCGCCUAUCGUCUCUGCCCCAGGCGGCCUACGGGCCGGCGCCGCCGCUCUGCCACACGCCGGCCGCCGCCGCUGCCGCCGACUUCCAGCCGCCCUACUUCCCGCCGCCCUACCCGCAGCCGCCACUGCCCUACGGCCAGGCGCCCGACGCCGCCGCCGCCUUUCCCCACCUGGCCGGGGACCCGUACGGCGGCCUGGCGCCCCUGGCACAGCCGCAGCCUCCACAGGCCACCUGGGCCGCGCCCCGUGCCGCCGCCCGCGCCCACGAUGAGCCGCCCGGCCUGCUGGCGGCGCCCGCCCGCGCCCUGGGCCUCGACCCGAGACGCGAGUACGCCGCCGCCGUGCCCCGGCUCCUGCACGGCCUGGCCGACGGCGCGCACGGCCUGGCCGACGCGACCCUCGGCCUCCCCGGGCUGGCGGCGCCGCCGGGCCUGGAGGACCUGCAGGCCAUGGAUGAGCCGGGAAUGAGCCUCCUGGAUCAGUCCGUGAUCAAGAAAGUCCCCAUCCCCUCCAAAGCCAGCAGCCUUUCUGCCCUCUCCUUGGCCAAAGACAGCUUGGUUGGCGGCAUCACGAACCCCAGUGAGGUCUUCUGCUCUGUGCCAGGCCGGCUCUCUCUGCUCAGUUCGACAUCCAAGUACAAGGUGACAGUGGGGGAGGUCCAACGGCGACUCUCACCUCCUGAGUGUCUCAAUGCCUCCCUCCUGGGUGGAGUCCUUCGAAGGGCCAAGUCCAAGAAUGGAGGCCGGUGUCUGCGGGAACGGCUGGAGAAGAUUGGGCUCAACUUGCCAGCUGGCCGACGCAAGGCCGCCAAUGUGACGCUGCUGACUUCACUAGUAGAGGGAGAGGCCGUGCACUUGGCCCGAGACUUUGGCUAUGUUUGCGAGACCGAGUUCCCAGCCAAGGCAGCCGCCGAGUACCUGUGCCGACAGCAUGCUGACCCUGGGGAACUGCACAGCCGCAAGAGCAUGCUGCUGGCUGCCAAGCAGAUCUGCAAAGAGUUUGCAGACUUGAUGGCACAGGACCGUUCGCCACUAGGCAACAGCCGCCCAGCACUCAUCCUGGAGCCUGGCGUGCAGAGCUGCCUGACACACUUUAGCCUCAUCACCCAUGGCUUUGGCGGGCCCGCCAUCUGUGCUGCCCUCACUGCUUUCCAGAACUACUUGUUGGAGGCACUCAAAGGGUUGGACAAGAUGUUUCUAAGCAGUGCGGGCAGUGAGCAUGGCGAUACCAAGGCUUCGGAGAAGGAUACCAAGCAUCGGAAGUAACUGCUUCCCCUGCCCCAUCCCUAAGGGGUCCCAAGGCCUGAAAUGAGGUCUCCACUUCUGGUUAGGGGGAGCCUGAAAGGACUAAAAGUUGGAGUUGGAGUCAGGCCAGAAAGAGAAUAUUCCUCCAGAAACCCCCAAUUUAGGGGCCUGGGUUGGAGUAAGGGGAGGUGGCCUCUGUAGUGGUUUGUUGAUAAGUUGAGGGCCCAGGCAUCUGCCUCACGUGUGCAAUUUUCUGACCCUUUAUUGCUGAGAAGGGCUUGGACAGGAAAUUGGCAUGGAAAAGCCUGCUUCUUGGCGCCAGUGCUACCCAUGAGGGUAAUGGGUGCUCCUAGGAACCAAGGCCUUGCUGUUUUUACUGAGUAGGAGAGAAAUUAACAAACGAGAGGUGCUACUGAGGAGUUGGUGCCCUUCAUCCCAGAAUCUCCCAUCCCCAGAAAAGAGGUGCUGGCAGGAGGCCCCAGUGGGCUCUUUGGACUCCUCCCACUCUUGGGAAGAAGUGGGCAGAAGGGGCCCUCAAAGAACAGAGAAAAAGCACAAAUUGCAGAACUUGAAUCCAGGCUGCACUUCAGUCCUGUUGCUGUCUGCCCUAUUUAUUUAUGCUGUAAUUAAAUUUAAAGUUUAAAAAUUUCCAGUGCAACUUAUUUAUCCCAAUGAGUUGAAAACUCCCAUUUCACUGUCUUCUGCUCAUGUACCAAGAUGUCCAGCUAGACCAGGAAUGGAGAGGGUGAUUUUGCUUGCA